CGUGGGUCCCGCCGCACCGAGCGCGCAGGGGCCGCGGGGAUGGGGGACGAGCGGCUGCAUUACUACGGGAAGCACGGAACGCCACAAAAGUAUGACCCCACCUUCAAAGGACCCAUUUACAACAGGGGCUGCACAGAUGUCAUUUGCUGUGUCUUCCUCCUCCUGGCCAUCGUGGGCUACGUGGCUGUAGGCAUGAUAGCUUGGACCCAUGGGGACCCUCGAAAGGUGAUCUACCCCACGGACAGCCGAGGCGAGUUCUGCGGGCAGAAGGGCACAAAAAAUGCGAACAAACCCUACCUGUUUUAUUUCAACAUUGUGAAGUGUGCCAGUCCCUUGGUCCUGCUGGAAUUCCAGUGUCCCACCCCGCAGAUCUGCGUGGAGAAAUGCCCCGACAGGUUCCUCACCCUCCUGAGCGCCCACAAAUCCCCAGACCUCGAGUACUACAAGCAGUUCUGUGUGCCCGGCGUCCAGAACACCAAGGGUGUGACUGAGAUGCUUCGGGAUGGCGACUGUCCCGCUGUCAUCGUUCCCAGCACACCCCUGGCCCGGCGAUGCUUCCCAGCCAUCCGCACCCACAAGGGGGUCCUCAUGGUGGGCAACGAGACGACAUAUGAGAACGGGCACGGCUCUUGGAAGAACAUCACGGAGCUGGUAGAGGGCGCUAAGAAGGCCAACGUGGUGCUAGAGGCGAGACAGCUGGCCAUGCGGAUCUUUGAAGAUUACACAGUCUCCUGGUACUGGAUUGUCAUAGGCCUGGUCAUCGCCAUGGUGAUAAGCCUCCUCUUCAUCAUCCUUCUCCGCUUCCUGGCUGGCAUUAUGGUCUGGGUGAUGAUCGUCAUGGUGAUUCUUGUGCUGGGCUACGGAAUAUUUCACUGCUACAUGGAGUACGCCCGACUGCGUGGUGAGGCUGGCUCCGACAUCUCCCUGGUGGACCUGGGCUUCCAGACAGACCUCCGUGUGUACCUGCACCUGCGGCAGACCUGGAUGGCCUUCAUGAUAAUUCUGAGCAUCCUGGAGGUGAUUAUCAUCUUGCUGCUCAUCUUCCUACGGAAGAGAAUCCUCAUUGCCAUUGCACUCAUCAAAGAAGCCAGCAGGGCCGUGGGAUACGUCAUGUGCUCCAUGCUGUACCCGCUGGUCACCUUCUUCCUGCUCUGCCUCUGCAUCGCCUACUGGGCCAGCACUGCUGUCUUCCUGUCCACGUCCAACGAAGCCGUCUAUAAGAUCCUCACCGCUGAGAGUGCCUGCCCCCUUGCUGGGAAAACAUGCAACCCUGAGACCUUCCCCUCCUCCAACGAAUCCCGUCUGUGCCCGGACGCCCACUGCCAGUUCGCCUUCUACGGCGGCGAGUCGGGCUACCACCGCGCCCUGCUGGGCCUGCAGAUCUUCAACCUCUUCAUGUUCUUCUGGCUGGCCAACUUCGUGCUGGCCCUGGGCCAGGUCACGCUGGCCGGGGCCUUCGCCUCCUACUACUGGGCCUUCAGCAAGCCGGACGACCUGCCUGCCUUCCCGCUCUUCUCCUCCUUCGGCCGGGCGCUCAGGUACCACACGGGCUCCCUGGCCUUUGGCUCCCUCAUUCUGGCCAUCGUGCAGAUCAUCCGAGUGAUCCUGGAGUAUUUGGAUCAGCGCCUGAAAGCUGCAAAGAACAAGUUUGCCAAGUUCCUUAUGACCUGUCUCAAAUGCUGCUUCUGGUGUCUGGAGAAGUUCAUCAGAUUCCUCAACCGGAAUGCCUACAUCAUGAUUGCCAUCUACGGCACCAACUUCUGCACCUCGGCCAGGAACGCCUUCUUCCUGCUCAUGAGAAACAUCAUCAGAGUGGCCGUCCUGGACAAAGUCACUGACUUCCUCUUCCUGUUGGGCAAGCUUCUUAUCGUGGGGAGUGUGGGCAUCUUGGCUUUCUUCUUCUUCACCCACCGCAUCAGGAUCGUGCAGGACACGGCACCUCCCCUGAAUUAUUACUGGGUUCCUAUACUGACGGUCAUCGUUGGCUCCUACCUGAUUGCCCACGGCUUCUUCAGCGUCUACGGCAUGUGUGUGGACACGUUGUUCCUCUGCUUCUUGGAGGACCUGGAGAGGAAUGACGGCUCGGCUGAGAGGCCCUACUUCAUGUCUUCCAACCUCAAGAAGGUCUUGAACAAGACGAACAAGUAGCGGCCCUGGCCUCCCACACCUUCCCUGGAACACCGCACACUGGGCACUCAGCAGCUGGGGCAGAACCCCCAGCUCACUGGGCUUGCCCGAAGCCCUAUCACUGCCGCCCCCGGCCCCCCGAUGUCCAGUUAACACCAGUUUCCAGGGACCUGAAGGAUCUGGGGCAUUCCUCCCCACGCCAAGGGGCAGUCAUAUUUUUCAAGGCAGCCCCCCAAGACUGCACAGCAGGUCACUCCAGCCCUCCCUGGCCCGGAUGGGAAGAAGUCCGGAGCAGCUUCUAGAUGUCUGGCGGGCGAUGGGGCCACCUCUGUGGGCUGCCUCACGCCUUCUGUUCCCCGCUUCCGACGGGACAGCAUCUGUGUCUGUGGGAUCGGUGGCUGCAGGAAGAUCCAGCCCCCAAGGCCCCCGUUCAUUUGCAUCUGCUCCUGCCGGGCCCCAGCCCCUUCUCUGCGGCUGAAGGACUGGCUCACGGGCCGCCACGUGCAUUUCUUUAUAUAUUUUUUAACCUGGACAUGCAUUAAAGGGUCUAUUAGCUUUUUUCUGUCUAUCUCCACAGUCGAGAUGGGGCCGCUGAGGAGUGCCUUCGUGGCUGGGGUGGGAGCGUGUGUGCCCAGGUAAGGGUGUCUCCUGGCCUGGGAGCAGAAGAGGGGGAGACUGGGGAGGAGGGCAGCUGGGAGCAGGCAGCGUGGACAGACCAGAGCAGGAGGGAGGAGACGGCUAAUGGCUGCUUAAUGGAAACCUGCUGGCUGGCUGGCUGGCUGGCUGGAGGAAUGGGGCCGAAUUUCCCCCUUCCUCUGCUAGUUAUUGACACAACUCUGUGUAGGAGAGACAAGAAACUGAAUCCACCCAGGGGACAAUUUCAGGGAAGGGAUGGGAGGUCGGUGCCGGAGCAAGCCGGGCCCCCCUUCCCAGCCACCUCGCCUUGAGGAUCCUUUUGCCAAACUUGUUGAACUCUGGGGACCCGGUCUGCCGGUUCCCCCUCCGCCGUAUCCCAAGGCCACCCGACUUCGUGUCUCUGCUCAUCAGCACCGUGCCAGGAUUCCCGAGAGGGAGAAAUCCCAGCCUGGGGCCUGCGUGCGUCUCCUGUGCGUGCCGCCAGCCCUCCUGCCCCGCUCUGUCCACACAGCCCUGCGUGUAACUGCAUUCCAACAACUAAUAAAGUGCCUAUUGAACAGA